UGCAUGAUGAAUACGGAGCAGAAGAAUCAAACCAUCUUUGCUGGAUUCAUCCUUCUGGGUUUCUCCUCCUCACCAGACCUCCAAGUGCUUCUCUUCCCCAUCUUCCUCUGUAUGUACCUACUUUGUCUGCUAGGAAACCUCUUGAUAAUCUUGCUGAUCUCCUCCAGUACCAAUCUCCUCCACACUCCCAUGUAUUUCUUCCUCUGUCACUUGUCAUUGGCUGACCUCGGAUUCAGUUCUGCUGCAGUGCCCAAAUUGCUAUACAACUUAGUGACCCAGACGAAAGCAAUAUCCCGUAAUGGUUGCCUGACACAGAUGUAUUUCUUUGUGAGUUUUGCUGCGACAGAUAACUUUCUCCUGGCCUCCAUGGCAUAUGACCGCUAUGUAGCCAUCUGCCGCCCACUGCACUAUGCCAGAGUCAUGAGCUUCAAGUGCUGCCUUCUGUUGGCUGCUGGAUCUUGGCUCCUGGCUCACUCCCACUCUUUGUUGUACAUCCUGUUAGUAUCUAAUUUUACCUUCUGUGCUUCCCGAGAAAUCCCCCAUUUUUUCUGUGACCUCCAUCCUUUAUUGAAAAUCUCUUGUUCGGACACCUCCAUUGUUGAUAAGCUUCUUGUGAGCGAAGGAACAGCCAUUGUUCUUGGGCCUCUGCUUCUCAUUCUUUUCUCUUACAUCUUCAUUGUCCUGAAGGUGGUGAAGCUUCCAUCUAAGUCCAAGAAGUACAAAGCUUUCUCUACUUGCAGUGCCCACCUCACCACCGUGGCUUUGUUCUAUGGCACUGUGAUAGGCACCUACCUCCGCCCAUCAUCUUCCUAUUCUGUCUCAAGGCUGAGAGUGGCAUCAAUAUUCUAUACAGUAGUCACCCCUAUGCUCAACCCUUUCAUAUACAGCCUGAGGAACAGCGAGAUACACGCAGCCAUAAAGAGACUGGUAAGGAAUUGGUUUUAG